AUGAACGACCACUGGCUCUCUUGAGUCCACUAGGAGGAAAAAGACAACUCUGCACGUGUUUGCAUAAACGCGAGAAAAAUGAAAGUUUCUUGUCGGCUGGUUAGAUCGCUAUAAUCACCGGAACUAGUCGGCAAGAAAUAUUAAUAUUUAUUUCUGAAGAUUUGGAAUGAUAUUUGGCGAAAAGAAAAAAGUUGUGAAAUCUAAAUAACAAUUGAAAGGAAUUGGUAGCAAUGUCUAUAGACAACUCAACUCAACUUGUUCACGAAGUUUGUUUUCCGAAUAAGAACUAUGUUCCGAUCCCAGGAAACAAAAAGGACAGAAAGUAUGAUAAAAAAGAAGAUCACUUGCCAUAUUACAUGGGUUUCUUGAAUGAUGAGCUAAAAGAAAUGGCCGAGAAAGAGCUUAAAGAAACUGAUGACCGUAAAGAAGCUUGCCUUAAGAAGUUUCGAAAACUAAUUACAGCCGAGAAGAAUUUUUACGUCAGAACCGAUGAUAGCUGUCUUCUAGCCUACCUUAGAGGAAAAAAAUUUGAUGUGAGCCGGGCUUUCAAAAUGAUGCAGAACACUUACAAACUGAGAAUGAAGAAAAGCUUUUACGAUUCUCCAGACAACAGUAUAGUUCAUGAAGUCUUUAAGCAAAAUUUCAUAGGAUUUCUACCUCAUAGGGCCAAAAAUGGAAGUGCUAUAUUUGUUGUUAAAUUGGGUCAAUGGGAUCCCGAAAAGGUGGACCGCGAUCUCCUGAUGUGGGUGGCAACACAUUGUGUCAUCCACAGUAUCGAAGAUCCAGCAACUCAAGUAGCAGGAUACACUGGCAUAAUUGACGUCAGAGGCGUCAGUCAAAAACAUUUAAAAAUGCUUACGCUUGAAAAUAUUUUACUUAUUAUUUAUUCCACAAUGUCUUGCUUUCCUGGAAGGUAUAAAGGAGCACACGUGAUAGGCAUGCCAAAGUUUUUCCAAGUGGCCUGGAAUAUGGUUUAUCCUUUCGUUUUCACUCUAAAGAUGCAGAAAAGGAUAUUCAUCCAUGGCAAUGAUCUGAAAUCAUUACAUAAACAUAUUUCUCCCAGCAUAUUGCCCGAAGAAUACGGUGGAGAACUGCCUCCCUUCGACAACAGUUGGUGGCACAAAAUGAUCUUAGAAAACAAUGAAUGGGCAUUGGAUCAAAGACUCUACGGCUAUAUGAAAGCACCCCCUGGAGCAGUUGCCGAAUUGGCUUCCAUACCUGGCUGAAUCUUGGUUUAAAGCCAUAUUUUAUUGUUAAACUUUGGACUCAUAAUGUAUUCCAAUAUUAACCUAUGCUGUAUUAUGUAUAUAAAUAUCGAACCAUAGUCUGAAUUCAUCCAUAUUUCAGAACAAUAACCAUAAGGGAUUGUGAAUUUUGUAAGCGUGUUGAUUUUGUUCCUAAAAAAAAACUGAGAAAUUGUGUGAUUGUUUGAAAUGUUUGAUCUCAAACCGAUUUGUUUGAAUGCAGGUGACAUAUGAUAAAGGCUCUAUAGUGUCCUAUAUACUCAAUUUAUAUUAUAUGUAACUUGUAAGAGUUUAGAAAUCAUUCAAACUUCUUGAUGCAUUGAUAAAUUGAUUUUUCUAUAAUCGUAAGUGUAGAAAUAAUCAAUUGCCUAUUCCUACAUAAGUUUUGUGUUUUUGUGAUGUGAUUUCAGUUUAUUUAUAAUAAAUAAUUGAAAAUAA